AUGAAGAAGAUGAUGGAGAAGUUGUUUGAUAACUUGAGGUUCGUGUUUCUCACCUCCUUUGUACUAUGUUUCUCGUUGUUCUUUUUGGAUUACGUGGCUGUUCUUCAUGGUCAAAGUGGGAUCACUUUUUUGCUUAUAUCCGACCAAGCCGAACGGCCUAAUCAUCGUGUCACUCCUGUAAGUAAUUCUGGUAAAACCAUGAAUUUCCCAGAAAAGAGCACCACUUCUUCUGACAUAUCAGACCCUGUUUCAACUAGUGGGGUCCCUGAUACGCAAACAGAUACUGUCACAGAAAACGAAAACCCCAUAGGGAUUGAGAAACAAGACUGGGAUCCUUGUCGGGGCAAAUAUAUCUAUAUGUAUGAUCUUCCCAGUAGGUUCAAUGAGGAUUUACUUAAAAGAUGUCACACGCUCAUGAAAUGGAUGGAUAUGUGUCCUUACAUGACCAAUUUAGGACUUGGACCAAAGAUUACGCUGACAGAGAGAUCAGAAGCAAAAGUUCUGUUGCUGAAGAAUCGUUGGUAUGCCACUAACCAAUUCUCACUAGAAGUCAUUUUUCAUAACAAGAUGAAGCAUUACAGAUGCUUAACCAAGAAUUCCUCUCUGGCUUCUGCUGUACUUGUACCUUAUUAUGCUGGUCUUGAUGUGGGUCAAUAUCUAUGGGAUACUAAUGUUUCAGUAAGAGAUGCUUCUCCAAUACAACUCUCAAAGUGGCUUUCAAGAAGGCCUGAAUGGAAGAGAAUGUGGGGUAGGGACCAUUUCCUUGUUGGAGGAAGAAUUGGUUGGGAUUUCAGAAGAAGAACAGAAGAUGAUUCUGAUUGGGGAACAAAACUUAUGUUUCUUCCACAAUUUUCCAACAUGACGUUUUUGCCUAUAGAAUCUGGCUCAUAUCCUAAUGAUUUUCCCAUUCCAUACCCGACUUACUUUCACCCUUUAAAGGACCAUGAGGUUCUGAAAUGGCAAAAGAGAAUGAAGAAGGUGAAAAGACCCUACUUGUUUUCAUUUGUAGGUGCUCCAAGGCCAAACUCAACACAGCUCAUCAGAAAAGAGCUCAUCAAGCAAUGCCUUGAAUCUUCCAAAACCUGCAAGUUUCUUGGCUGCUAUGAUGGUGAUAGUAACCCAUGUGAAGACCCUGUGAGUAUUACUAAGGUGUUUCAGAGUUCACAUUUUUGCUUGCAGCCUCCUGGAGAUUCAUUCACCAGAAGAUCAACUUUUGACUCUAUUUUAACAGGCUGUAUUCCGGUGUUUUUUCAUCCAAGUUCAGCUUAUGACCAAUAUUUAUGGCAUUUGCCUAAGGCUGGGUCUACGUACUCUGUGUUCAUCCCAGAAGAGGAUGUGAUAAAGAAGAGAGUGAAGAUCAGUGAUACUUUGUUGAGAGUUUCAAAGAGUGAAGUGAUGGCUUUGAGAGAAGAGGUUAUAAAGCUUAUUCCCAGAAUCAUAUAUGGCCAUCCAAAGUCUAGAUUUGAGACCAUUGAAGAUGCAUUUGAUAUAGCAGUAAAGGAAAUUCUGACGAGAGUUGAGAAGCUGAGAAAAGAGAUUUUUAAUGUCAAUAUUUGA